AUGGAAUUUUCGGACCUCCAUCUUUGCAGGGCUACAGCGUCGGAAGGAUCUAGUUUCCUUCGCUCACCGGUAAGGCUGGCCCUCGGUCCAAUUUUCUAUUCCUUGGAUGCUUGGACCAAGGUGGCCUUUUGGCUUUUCCAAGGGUAUUUCCCAAGGUUAUCCCCUAUUGCCUUAGCGGCGGUGGUACUUGUUCAUCAAGGGCAUUUCUCAAGGUUGCCACCGUCAGUCUUUGAACCAAGAAUUUCGAUGGGGGUGGCUGCUGCUUUGGAGAGGAUUAUGAGAGAUUUGUUAUGGCCGUGUAUAGGGGAAGAAAGGAGAGAUCAUCUUCUUGCAAUUCGUUAUCAUGAUUUGUUCCCACUUCUUGAUUACCUAAGCACAUUGGGACUUGUGGAAUCACACCUAAUCCAAAUGCAUGAGAGGCAUAUGUCGUUCCUUCAUAUUAAUGUGGAUUUUGCUCGGGAAAGAUUGGAAUACUUAUUGAGUGUUGGUGUCAAACAUAGAGACAUCAAAAGAAUAAUUUUGGGGCAACCACGAAUUCCUGAGUAUAAAGUGGAGAACAAUCUGAGGUCUCAUGUUGCUGUUUUGGUUGGCUCGAGUAUCCUGGACUCUAGAGUUGGGCAGAUAACUGCUGCUGCCCCGUCCCUGUUUUCAUAUAGCAUUGAGAAUUCAUUAAAGCCCACAGUGAGAUGCCUAAUUGAGGAGGUUGACAUCAUGAAAAAUGACUUGGGUAAAGUUGUGCAGCUGAGCCCUCAAAUUCUGGUUCAGCGAAUUGCAUCAUGGAACACUCGCCAUACUUUUCUUUCAAAGGAAUUGAAAGCACCCAGAGAUAAUAUAGUGAAAAGAGUCACAAAACAUCACCAGCUCCUUCAUUACAGUAUUGAAGAGGGUUUAAUGCCCAGGAUCAAUUUUCUGAGCAUUAGGAUUGAUUCGGAUAUUUUAAAAGUAUUGACUAGCCUUACGCAAAUUUUUUUACCAUCUCUGGAAGACAACCUUAAACCAAAGUAUAUUACUUUAAUCAAUGAAUUGCAGAAUUAAAUGCAAUCCUUGGCAAAAUAUCCUAUGUACCUAAGCUAUUCUUUGGCAUUGGUCAAGAGGAUUCAUCCUCGCCAGAAGUUCUUGGUUGCCCUUAAGAAAGCUUCAAAGGGACCGUUUCUUGAGUUCAUCGGUUGCAAACUUCCAACCGAUCAGUGUUUUUGUCAGCAUUGGGUUGGAACUAGUUUAGAUAAAUAUCUGGCAUUUUGGCAGACAUUACAACUAAAGGAUUUUGCAAAGAAAUGUGAAAGGAAAGGAUGA